AUGUUUGAGCAAGCAUACAUCGAUAAAACUGCCCCGCCGUUCAGAAAAAAAGCAAACAACGCACGCCCCCACGUCCUCUCGCCCCGCCCGCACGACCUCGACCUCUCCCUGCUCCUCCUCCCCCGCCGUUCGCCCUCUCCCGUUCCUCGCCGCUCCUCCCGAGCCUCCCGCCGCUCCUCCAUUCCUCCUGAGCCGCCCGCCACGCCCUUCGCCGCAGGAUCCCCUUCGUCGCGGGAACCGCCGUCGAGCCCGUCCGUCGCGCCCGAGCCGCCGCCGGAGCCGCCCUUCGCCGCGGCUCGCAGGUCGCCGAGCCGCCGCCCCGGAGCCGCCCUUCGCCGUGGUCCGCAGGUCACCGAGCCGCCGCCCCCGCCCUUCGACGCAGCCCGCAGGUUCCCCAGCCGCCAACGCACGCCCCCACGUCCUCCCGCCGCCCCGGAGCCGCAACGCGACGGGCCCAACCCGGAGAUCCACAACACUGGCGGGCUGAGCCGGCGGGGCUUCCCGGCGGGGUUCGUGUUCGGGACGGCCGCGUCGGCGUACCAGGUGGAGGGCAUGGCGAGGCAGGGCGGGCGCGGGCCCAGCAUCUGGGACGCCUUCGCAGCCAUACCGGGGACGAUCGCCGGCAAUGGCACCGCCGACGUGACGGUCGACGAGUACCAUAGGUACAAGGAGGAUGUGAGCAUAAUGAAGGAAAUGGGCUUCGACGCGUACCGGUUCUCGAUCUCCUGGUCGAAUAUUUACCCAGAUGGGACUGGGAAGGUGAACCAGGAAGGAGUGGACUACUACAGCAGGCUCAUAGAUUACAUGCUCCAGCAAGAUGAGCACUUGUUCACCUUUGUUGUAGCGCAGAGACUUGUUCCAGAUAUUUAAAUGUCUUUUUACGUAUCCUUUGUUUGUUCUCAAUUUGGAUGCUUUCAUGCAGAUCAAGUUAUUAUUGAGGACAAAAUGAAGGGGUGCAUUGCAAUCUAGAUUUGACUAAAUGUGUGGCAGAUCUGUUGACAAACACAUUUACAUUUAAGUAUGUGUAGUAUGCUUCAUGUAAUUAACCACAACAUUUGUUUCGUCAAUUAUUUCCUUUUCAUUCA